CCACUCCCAUUCCCCUUUUUACUCCGAAGCCCCACCUCUCUCUCUCACACACACGCUUCCCUCUUUCUCUCUCACACACACAUAUUGUAGUGAAAUUGAGCAGGUAGUAGUCAGUCGCCUCUCCUAGUCUUUAUCUGAAAAACCAAAACUGACAUUCUUCAAGCCAACAAGUUUGGAAAAUUUUCUCUCUUAUCACAGAACAGUUCUCUUCCGACAAAUCCUCUGUCUGCUACAGUAAUGGCGGACCAAUUUACCCCUACCUCCUCCCAAAGGAACCGAAUCCCUUCCUCAUCUUUUUAGAUUCUACCAACCGUUUGGAAUAAAAGAUACCGUUCCGAUGGAACUCGCUUAAACCUUCCCUUUUGUUUUUUCAACCACGUGGUGUGUGUGUACGUACUUGCUAUUUCUGUACGGACAUGGAAUUCGCCGAGGAAGUAGGGGAGAGCUCGUCGCCGCCUCGGAGCUACGGCAGCUUCGGAGGCGGCCCAAGCGCCGGAGGAGGAAAUAACGAUGUGAUCAGGAAUGAUGUUUACAAUCGCCUCAUUGAGAAUGGAAAUGAGGAGGCGAUUACUAAUCCUGCUUUCCUCGAGCAGUUGGAAGCUCAUUUUAAUCGCUUGCCUACAAGUUAUGGGCUGGAUAUCAAUAUGGAAAAAGUGGAAGAUGUGUUGUUACAUCAAAAGCUUCUUGCUAGUGCAAAGAAUCCUGACAAUCAACCUGUUUUCCACAUCCGUUUUCUAGAGAAUGUUUGCACUAGAGAUGAUGAUCUUGAUGGUGAACAAAUUUCAAGUGCUCUUCCUUCCUCAUUUCCACGUGAUAGUGUCAAUAAUGGUGUUCACUCGUCAAAUGGCAGGGAUUCUGGGGGUGACUAUGAGACUUGUUCUAAGCUUGAGGAUCUAAAUCUGGAUGUUAGGAAGGAUUCUAAUGAUGUAAACAGGGAAAUUCCUGCUGACAAUUUUACUCAAAGGGAGGAAGCAUCAUGCUUACCAAUUCAUGAGAUAAUAUUUUCAACUCUUGACAAGCCAAAACUUCUCAGUCAGCUGUCUGCUUUGCUCUCUGAUGCUGGACUAAAUAUCCGUGAAGCUCAUGUUUUCUCCACAACAGAUGGAUACUCCUUGGAUGUAUUUGUUGUCGAUGGAUGGCAUUCUGAGGAUACAGAAGGUUUAUACAAUAUGAUGAGAAAAGCAAUUGCUGAAAGUGAGGGGUCAUGGUCUGGUUCUUCGCGAUCUCAGUCAAUUUUGGAGAAAGCUAUUGCUGCACAAAGAAAUUCUGAGGAUUGGGAAAUCGACUGGAGAUUGUUGAAGAUAGGGGAAAAAAUUGCAGCUGGAUCUUGUGGAGAUCUGUAUCGUGGAGUAUAUCUUUGUGAAGAUGUUGCUGUCAAGGUCCUAAGGUCCGAGCAUUUGAAUAACUCUCUGGAGGCGGAGUUUGCUCAGGAAGUUGCUAUUCUCAGACAGGUACAGCAUGACAAUGUUGUACGUUUCAUUGGUGCUUGCACAAAGUUGCCACAUUUAUGCAUAGUGACAGAGUACAUGCCCAGAGGGAGCCUUUAUGAAUAUUUGCAUAAGAAUCAUCCUGCAUUGAAGCUCCCACAGUUGUUGAAGUUCGCAAUGGAUGUCUGCAAAGGAAUGGAGUACCUACAUCAGAAGAAUGUUAUUCACAGGGAUCUGAAGACUGCAAAUUUGCUUAUGGAUACUUCCAAUGUUGUUAAAGUGGCAGAUUUUGGAGUUGCUCGGUUCCAGAACAAUGGUGGGAUUAUGACAGCAGAGACCGGAACAUACCGAUGGAUGGCACCAGAGGUGAUAAACCAUCAACCAUAUGACCAAAAAGCAGAUGUGUUCAGUUUUGCCAUUGUUCUUUGGGAGCUUGUGACGGCCAAGGUACCUUAUGAUAACAUGACUCCUCUACAAGCUGCCUUGGGAGUGAGACAGGGUCUUCGACCGGAACUCCCAAUAAAUGCACAUCCCAAAGUACUAAGCCUGAUGCAGAGAUGUUGGGAAGCCAUUCCUAGCGAACGGCCUUCAUUCAGCGAGAUCAGAAUUGAGCUGGGGGAACUCCAGCAGGAAGUAAAUGAUGCUCGAGAUGCACCUAAUGGCGGCUGAGUAUAUUACAUCAACAUACAAUCGGCAUGGUUCAGUACUAACGAGUGAGUGCUUCUUUAAUUUCCCCCAUCCUUUUCUUUUUUUUGAUACAAGUAUAGAGGUAAAUGGCCCUUAUAUACAUGGCACUGACACACUCGGAAGGAACAUAAGUAUAUCUGUAAUAUAAAUCAUAGUUGGUAUGAUGCAGUUUUGGAGUAGAAAAGCUAACACCAAUUUAUGUACCUGUAAACGGUGUUGAUUGUGAAAGAACAAAGUGAGUGGUUUCCACGGUUUCAGGAAUACAAUUCUCUCAAAAUUUAGAUC